CAUUGCCAUGGCAACUAGGGUGCACGGGGCUCCCGAGAGAAGACCGAGGUUGGGGGUGCACUAGUACCUCUUGAGGAGGGCAAGGGUCUGAGGUUCUUAUUCAGGAAACAGACCCUCCCACCGCUGUGCCCGUUUUGCCUCCCAUUUAUCCCCAAGCCGCUGUGUCCAUCCCUCCUGCCUCCACUCCGUUUAGGGUUGCACCUGAUUUCCCUCUGAGCCCUCCCGCCCCGGCCCCGGGGCUUCUUCCUGAAGCUCCGCGUCGGGAAAUUCAGGACCGUCUUCCCUCCCAUCGGAGGGAACCUGGUGCUGGGGCGAGGGAGGGCUCAGACUCCAGGUCCACCGGCGGGAGUCCGCACCUCUGCGCGAGCUUCUCCUCUCUCUGCCUCCCCAUUCCCCGCUGCCUCCUCCCCUCCUUCCCAGCCUUCUCCCUCUAAAGCCUUCUCUCCGGGGGGCUCUGGGCUUUUCCUUCUAUUUUCAGAUACUAUCGUUUUGCCCCCCUCUUUAUUUCUCUUGUGCUAAAAUUCUCCUCCUUCCUCCUCGUCCCCCCUCUUUCCAUUUCUGGAUGCUUCUGAUGUCAGCCGUUUCCCCGCCUUCAGGUUCCCUAGUCCCCCCUCGGUCCCAGCCUCCAUUCUCCUGUCUUCCCAGAUUCCUGGUGAGCUGGAUGGCAGUCACGCAAGUGUGGGGAAGAAAUGGGGCUGAGCACCAAGGCCCCAGGCCCAGGAGCCCGGCAGUUUGGGGAGGGGCUGUAAUACCAUGUCCCAGUUUACUGUGAACCCUCAAGAAGAAACAGGUCGUGUCUCUGCCAUCAGCAGCUCUGAAGACAGAUUCUGGGGCAUGAGGAUGGGGUUGAGUAGCACUGAACAGGGGACAGGAGAAGAAGGGAGCUGAGAGCGCCGGAGGGAGGAAAAGGGCUGGAAAGGGCUAGGAGGCAGGAGGUCAGAAUACCUUCUCUCCUGGGGGUCUGGAAGACAUGGCUCUUAGUUGUGUGGGGUGUUUGAGCAACCCCCUGAUUUAAGGCAGGAGGAUGUUCUGAAUGACCCCGUGAACCCAGAAAUGAGUCAUGUUUGCAGUUUCAAGGGGAACACAAGACACCGGUUAGAGACCAGCCUACUUCGCCUGCCCCCUUCCACAUGGCAUCUCUCCCUUGCAGUUUGUCCCGGUGGCUGAGCCCCAACCUCACAACCCCUUGGGGCAUCCAGAAGACCCCCGGCUGGUCAAGAACCAGAAGAAGAAGAAAACUGCAAGUCCCAGUAUGGGGGCCAGAGCUCCCCAGCCAGCCUCAUAGUUGGAGAAGCAGCCGGCUUGUCCCCCUAGUCAGCUACAGGCAUACUUCAGGAAGGGUCCUACCCAAUAUGGAAGCUGAGGACCACCUCCGCUGACCCCUAGUCUCCUCCUCCGCCUUCCACGUGUGAACUUAGCUGAGUCAGUCAGGCAAUGCUGAGCAGUAGGGUGGACCUAGGGGCUGCCUGCCUCAUUACAAGGCAAGGACUGUGGGCAUCAUGGGAGUGUGUGUGAGUGGGGCUCCUGGGUGAGACCUAGCCCCCACCCCCAGGAGUUCAAAGGGGGUGGGGGGCCAAAGAUAGGAUGGCUCGGGGCGGGGUGGGGCCAGAGGAGGCCUCCCUGCGCUCAAACGCGUUGUCCUGGCUGGCCUGUGGGCUCCUGGCCCUGCUGGCCAAUGCCUGGAUCAUCCUCAGCAUCUCUGCCAAGCAGCAGAAGCACAAGCCACUGGAGUUGCUGCUCUGCUUCCUGGCCGGCACACACAUACUCAUGGCCGCGGUGCCCCUCACCACCUUCGCUGUGGUGCAGCUCCGGCGCCAGGCUUCCUCCGACUACGACUGGAAUGAGAGCAUCUGCAAGGUCUUUGUGUCCACCUACUACACACUGGCCCUGGCCACCUGCUUCACAGUUGCCUCACUCUCCUACCAUCGCAUGUGGAUGGUGCGCUGGCCUGUCAACUACCGCCUCAGCAAUGCCAAGAAGCAGGCGCUGCAUGCUGUCAUGGGCAUCUGGAUGGUCAGCUUCAUCCUCUCCACACUGCCCUCCAUUGGCUGGCACAACAACGGUGAGCGCUACUACGCCCGAGGCUGCCAGUUCAUAGUAUCCAAGAUUGGCCUUGGCUUUGGCGUCUGCUUCAGCCUCCUGCUACUUGGGGGCAUUGUCAUGGGGCUGGUCUGUGUGGCCAUCACCUUCUACCAGACACUGUGGGCCAGGCCCCGGAGGGCUCGGCAGGCCCGGAGAGCGGGGAGUGGGGGUGGGGCCAAGGGGAGUGGGGCAGGGGGCUUGGGUACACGGCCAGCCUUUGAGGUGCCAGCCAUUGUGGUGGAAGAUGCCCGAGGGAAGCGGCGGUCCUCGCUGGAUGGCUCCGAGUCGGCCAAGACAUCCCUGCAGGUCACCAACUUGGUCAGCGCCAUCGUCUUUCUCUAUGACUCACUCACAGGGGUGCCCAUCUUGGUGGUGAGCUUCUUCUCCCUUAAGUCGGACUCGGCUCCCCCGUGGAUGGUGCUGGCGGUGCUGUGGUGCUCCAUGGCACAGACGCUGCUGUUGCCCUCCUUCAUCUGGUCCUGCGAGCGCUACCGCGCGGACGUGCGCACAGUGUGGGAGCAGUGCGUGGCUAUCAUGUCCGAAGAGGAUGGCGACGACGACGGCGGCUGCGAUGACUAUGCAGAUGGCAGAGUGUGCAAGGUUCGCUUUGAUGCCAAUGGGGCCACAGGACCGGGGGACCCCACCCAGGUGAAGCUGCUGCCUGGGAGGCACAUGCUCUUUCCCCCUCUUGAGAGGGUCCACUACUUGCAGGUCCCUCUGUCCCGUCGUCUGUCCCACGAUGAGACCAACAUCUUCUCUACCCCUCGGACACCAGGCUCCUUCCUGCACAAGUGGUCAUCCUCUGAUGACAUCCGGGUCCUCCCAGCCCAGAGCCGGGCCCUGGGGGACCCUUCUGAGUACCUGGGACCAAGACAAAGGCUGGAGGAUGAGGAGGAUGAGGAGGAGGCUGAAGGUGGAGGGCUAGCUAGCCUUCGACAAUUCCUGGAGGGUGGGGUUCUGGGGUCAGGUGGGGGGCCCCUACGGGGUCCUGGCUUCUUCCGGGAGGAGAUCACCACCUUCAUUGAUGAGACACCUCUGCCUUCUCCGACUGCCUCUCCUCGAAGGCCCAGGCCACUGGGCCUCUCACCCCGCCGACUCUCCCUAGGGUCCCCUGAUAGCAGAGCCAUUGGACUUCCUUUGGGACUAAGUGCAGGGAGACGCUGCUCCCUGACAGGAGGUGAGGAGAGUACAAGAGGUUGGGGAGGAUCCUGGGGUCCAGGUAACCCCAUGUUCUCCCAGCUGACCCUGUGAGCCCAAGUAGGCCUGCUGGACUCAGAAGAGGGUGUCUGGUUGGAUGAUACCUCCUUCUGGCCCUGAGCCUAGGGCAGCUGCCUCCAGACUCCAGGGAGAUGGGCACUGUGUCUGGGGUCCCUGAGCCCCAGCUGUUUCCCAUCCAAGUUACUAGAUGCCCUACUCACCUUCCAUCACCCCUAGGAAAAUGUAUUAAAGUCUAAAGU